UUUACAAAUUCCUAUUGCCAGUGCGAUAGAAAUUUCGGAUUAUACGGGAGGAAGAAGAAAAUGAAAGAAAAAGUUGAAAUUCCUGAAGAGUAUGUCGAGUUGAUAAAAAAUGCAAGAAAUACGCCAAUUAUAAUGAUCGAUGUAGCAAAACAAGAAAUUAAAGAUUAUGAAAAGCUAGCUGAUGUAGAUAAGGAAAUUAGAAACAUAAAAAUUAGUAAAGCUAUCAAAAUCAAGUACUAUGGAAAUGGCCAUAUUGAUGUUUAUUACGCGUAUAAUGAAAAACCUAUAACGUAUUCAAUAAUUAAAAAUUCUUCGUGUUUUGAACAAUUACAAAAUACUAUUCCUGAUGUCGCUAGAGCUGUUGGAAUAUCAAGAGAAAAAAUAAAAGACGUUAAAAAACUUUUAAAUCACUGACCUUAAUUACGUCACAAGAAGAAAAUUGCCAUAAUUUGUAAAUCAGUGAUAUUGACGCAUAAAAGAGCUCUGUUAAAUCGUCAUUUUAGUUUAAACUACACUAUACGUGAAGAUCAUCUCAUAUUUCGUUGUAAAAACAUUU